CAUUAAAGCUGUCAAUCGCGCCCGUCCGCCGGUGCCGACAUCUCGCCGCCCCCAUCUUGAGAGGCUCCGGGCCUGGCAGCCUGACCACCUCCGAAUCCUGCCCCCGGCUCCGCCAACAUGUCUGUCAUGCUGCAGACGCCUUCCCGAGCCUCGACCGCAUCCUCCUCGUCUUUCCAGCCAAUAUCCCGCCAGAACACAAUGUCCUCCUACGAGGGCUCGCGGUCCGCCCGCCAGUCGAAGCGGUACUCCAUGUCGGCUUUGUAUAUGUCCAUGUCAGCCAACGAAUCCGACUUGGUCAUUGAAGAUGAUCUGGCCAAAGCGCAAAAAGUUUUGCGCGAUCUCAAGUCCAAAAUCUCGUCGCAGUCCAAGAAGAACUUUGUCCUCGAAAAAGACGUGCGAUAUCUCGACUCGCGGAUCGCGCUCCUGAUCCAGAACCGGAUGGCAUUGGAAGAGCAAAAUGAAGUCGCCAGCCACCUGGAAGACGCCACCGAGAUGCAGGAAGGAUCCUUUCCCAAUGACGACAAAACGCAAAAAUACGGGAACUUGAUGUUCAUGCUACAGUCGGAGCCCAGACACAUUGCUCAUCUCUGUCGCCUGGUGUCCAUGGCCGAGAUCGACUCACUGCUGCAAACCGUCAUGUUCACCAUCUACGGGAACCAGUACGAAAGCCGGGAAGAGCAUUUGCUGUUGACCAUGUUUCAGUCCGUCCUCACGUAUCAGUUCGAUAACACCCCUGAAUAUUCGUCGCUCCUGCGCGCCAACACGCCAGUUUCGCGCAUGAUGACGACGUACACAAGGAGAGGCCCCGGCCAGAGCUUCCUCAAGUCAGUGCUGGCCGAUAGGAUCAACAGCCUGAUUGAGCUGAAGGACUUGGAUUUGGAGAUCAACCCGCUCAAGGUCUAUGAACGCAUGAUCGAGCAGAUCGAACAAGACACGGGAAGCCUGCCGGCGUCGUUGCCCAAGGGCAUCACCGCGGAGCAGGCCGCCGAGAACCCUCAGGUUCAGGCCAUCAUCGAGCCGCGGCUAACAAUGCUCACCGAGAUUGCCAACGGAUUCCUGACCACCAUCAUUGAAGGGCUGGAGGAGGCGCCAUAUGGUAUUCGGUGGAUCUGCAAGCAGAUCCGUAGCCUGACCAAGAGGAAAUACCCUGAUGCUAAUGACCAGGUUAUCUGCACCCUGAUUGGCGGCUUCUUCUUCCUCCGCUUCAUCAACCCGGCCAUCGUCACGCCCAAGUCUUACAUGCUCAUCGAUGGCAUCCCCGCCGACCGCCCGAGAAGGACGCUCACGCUCAUAGCCAAGAUGCUGCAGAAUUUGGCCAACAAGCCCUCUUAUUCCAAGGAGCCGUACAUGGCCAAACUGCAGCCCUUCAUCCAGCAGAACAAGGAUCGGGUCAACAAGUUCAUGCUCGACCUGUGCGAGGUGCAGGACUUUUACGAGAGCCUCGAGAUGGACAACUACGUUGCGCUGUCCAAGAAGGAUCUCGAGCUGUCCAUCACGCUGAACGAAAUCUACGCCAUGCACGCCCUGAUCGAGAAACACCGCGACGAGCUCUGCAAGGACGAAAACUCGCACCUUUCUAUGAUCAUGGCCGAGCUGGGUCCCGCACCGCCCCAGGUCCCCCGCAAGGAGAACAGGGUCAUCAACCUGCCGCUGUACAGCAAGUGGGAGACGGCCAUUGACGACCUGACGGCCGCGCUCGACAUUACCCAGGAGGAGGUGUUCUUCAUGGAGGCCAAGUCCAUCUUUGUGCAGAUCUUGCGGACGAUCCCCGCGACGUCGUCGGUGGCGAAGCGCCCCCUGCGGCUUGAGCGCAUCGCCGACGCGGCAGCCACGUCCAAGAACGACGCCGUCAUGGUGCGGAAGGGCAUCCGCGCCAUGGAGCUGCUCAGCCAGCUGCAGGAGCUGCGCGUGGUCGACAAGAGCGACGGUUUCAGUCUGUUGCGCGACGAGGUCGAGCAGGAGCUGCAGCACCUCGGCUCGCUCAAGGAGGGCGUCCUGGCCGAGACGCAGAAGCUGGAUGAGGUGUACAAGACAAUUCGCGAUCAUAAUACGUAUCUGGUCGGCCAGCUCGAGACGUACAAGAACUAUCUGCACAAUGUCCGGAGCCAGAGCGAGGGCACCCGCCGCAAGCAGCAGAAGCAUCAGGUCCUGGGUCCGUACAAGUUUACGCACCAGCAGCUGGAGAAGGAAGGGGUUAUUCAGAAGAGCAAUGUCCCGGAUAAUCGGCGGGCGAAUAUUUAUUUCAACUUUACCAGCCCGCUGCCGGGGACGUUUGUCAUUUCGCUGCACUACAAGGGACGUAACCGCGGCCUGCUCGAAUUGGACCUCAAGCUCGACGACCUGCUCGAGAUGCAAAAGGACAACCAGGACGAGUUGGAUCUCGAGUACGUCCAAUUCAACGUGCCCAAGGUGCUGGCGCUGCUCAACAAGCGGUUUGCGAGGAAAAAGGGGUGGUAGGGCGCCCCUUUUUGCCUUUGUCGACGCCAGGGUUGUGGCUGUGAUGACUGUGGCAGGGCCGGUGAUGAGUGGGCAGAGGAGGAGGUGGAGGGUUGGUGAUGUUUUUCUUUUUUCUGUGUUUCUCGUUCUCAUUUUUUGAAGCGUAUGGAUCGGUAAUGGCGUUUGUUUUUCUUUUGCUAACUUAAUUAUUUUCUCUAUUUUUCUUAUGGGUUGGUCGGGUGGCUGCUUGGUUUU